CCUGAUCAAUCCUCACCACUUACCGGACAUUAAUUGUCACAUCUCUUCCAUAAUUACCAGCUACGCAUCCACUAAAAAAAGAAAAUUGAACGCUGCCUUUACUCUUUAGCAUCCAUAGACCAAAGAUGUCCCUAGUUCACGAAAGGCCUUGCCGGCAAUUCACCUUGGAUGAAAUACAGAAAGCCACCGACAACUUCAGUGAGUCUAAAAUCGUCGGAAAAGGAGGUUUCGGAACUGUGUACAAGGGCGCUGUUGGUGAUGGAUCGACGACGACUCUUGUGGCAGUGAAACGAUUGACCCCAGAAUCAAAACAAGGCAUUGGAGAGUUCGAAACGGAGAUCCAGAUGCUUUCCAAGUGCAGGCACUCCAAUCUUGUCAACCUCGUGGGCUAUUGUAACGAGCAUCAAGAGAUGAUCUUGGUGUACGAAUAUAUGUCUCAAGGAAAUCUUGCUGAUCAUCUGUACAUGAAUCGUGGUUCUUCAUUGACGUGGGAGCAACGUGUCAAGAUAUGUAUUGGGGCUGCGCGUGGGCUAGAUUACCUCCACACCGGCACCGGAGUCUCGGAUAGGAGAUUAUUCAUCUUGAUGUGAAGAGUGCCAACAUUUUGUUGGACGAUAAUUGGGCUGCAAAAAUUGCAGACUUAGGAUUAUCAAAGGUAGGACCUGCAAACCAACCGCAGUCUGAAGUGAAUACAGCUAAUAUUCGGGGUACGUGGGGAUAUGUAGAUCCUCAAUUCCUUAAGACACACAAAUACUCAAGAAAAGCAGAUGUCUACUCCUUUGGGGUGGUGCUACUGGAAGUUUUAAGCGGGACAUCUGCCUGGCGUGAUAAGAUCAUCCCCAGUCCUGAUUUGACUGAUCGAGCCGAUUGGAUCCUACAACACAUGAGAAGUCAAACCCUUAAUCAAAUCGUUGAUUCAAGGGUAGUAAGCCAAAUUCAGCCGAAAUGUCUACAACGUUUUGCCUACACCGCAAGUAAAUCUUUGCAAAAUGAUCCUAAGAAACGACCUUCAAUGUCUGAAGUGGUAGCUCUGCUCGAGUCUGCAUUGGCUUUCCAAAGUUCUUCUUCAAUGGUUCAGGGUGAUAUUUUUCAGUUCGAGUCUGAAGAAGAAAUCUCUUCCAUAACAGAAUAUCUAGGUAAGGCGCGCAGCAUAUUUGGUGAACCAAUCGGGAACAAAACACUGGCGCAAAUGCGCCUUAAUCCAACUCGGGAAAACAAGGCACGAAUAGGUUACAAGAUGAUGAACGAGGGUAACAAAUAUGAUAACGCCCUGCGUUUUGUGAAAGACCUCAAGGCACAGUGGGGCAAUGGGAUUACGUGCCUUUGCAUGCUUUACAAUGCAACAGGAGAAACUCUAACAUACGCAGCAAGUCGCAAUUGGUUUGGUGAUAUUGGACCAUCACCAUACCCAACUUUCAUUCUGAAUGGACAAUGGGGUGCGUAUUUGCACACAAAAACCCCAAGAGUGCCUAGCGGAUCUCAGGCUGCUGUAGUGUAUCGUGGCAAAUACUCAGACAAUGCUUCAUGCGACCGAAUGAUUACUUGGUCCAUCCCUUGGCAAAGAUUCACCCAAGACAACGCGGCUUAUUGUGAGAUCAAUGAGGUUGGACACUUUGAUCAUGGUGCUGUUUGGGAUGAGAUUUAUGACAAAUCACCAUCAGCAGGCCGAGAAAGCAGCUAUACAUGGAAUGAUUGCUAUACAAGGGUCACGGUUGAGAGUGACACUUCCCCUAUAUAUAAAGCUAUUCUCACGCGUGUUGAUGCACUUGUUUCAUCUGCCUAGAUUCAGUUAGUUUAUAGAUGCAACAAAUGUGGGGAUCUUUAAUUCGCUUGUGAAUUUUCCUGUGUGUGCCUCUCUUCCAUUCAUCGAAAAUUGAAUGUGCUACUGAACUUUGGCAUUCUUACUUGAGCAAAAUCUCGAAGGCCGACAUUGCGGCUUUGAGUUAUCUUUGUCACGUUUGCUUUUGUAUUCCUACUAAGAUUACCAAGUCGAUCUAUCGUAUGCAAGUGAGUUGUGGUCACCCGUUGAAGGUUGCUUCAAGAACUAUAUGGUAAAGCAUAUUCAUUAAGUCUUAAAUUUUAGAAGGUACAUAUAAUAAACACUUUGUAUAGUUAUAUUGUGCAUUAAAGAGAAAUGGAUGAUAACCCACACCUCCCACGAUCAGCAACCAUCCACUCCCCCACCUCCCGCAAUCGAUAACCACCCUCUCCCUCCGUCUCCCACUUUCAUUAUUUAUGGUUACCAUAACUUUUAUUUGUGGUUUCAACUUCCUUUAUACGUACUAUUAUCAAACCCAUUCCUCCCCCUUCCCUACCUGACACGACCAGUAACCAACCCUCCCUCACCUAUAUAUAUGAUCGGUGACCACCCCUCACCCCACUUCCCACGAUCCAUAAUCACCUACUUCCCUACUUCCC